AUGAAGACACUCUCUGAUGAUGAAGUCAUAUCAAAGCUCGCCUGUGGCGAUGAGCUUGAUCCCUGCGAGGUUAUUGAUGACAUUAUCCCCGCAAAGCCAUCAAAGAUUCAUCCAGAGCGCUCUGUAUCAUGCUUCGGCCUGCUAGGCAUUUCACCAGCAGAACUACUCCUCAUCACCGUUGACCUCCUUGACUUCCAGUCGCUAUCACGCCUCUCGCGGACCUGCUUAAGAGCCAAGAGAGUCGUUGAAAACCGUGUACCGUAUCAGCAGGUGAUCAAACAUGCGCCGAAAGUCCCAACAGCGCUGAUACAAGCCAAUCUCGCUGAUCAUUACCCACCUUCAUUGGUGUAUCGCACCUUGCAGACCGAUCGCUGUGUUUCUUGUACAGACUUCGGAGGAUUCUUAUACUUGCCCACUUGCGAAAAAGUCUGCUUCGAGUGUUUACACCGAAAUAUAGGACUAUGGAUGAUAACAAUACCCAUGGCUAAAAGGUACUUCGGCUUGACAUAUAGUCUAGUUGAGACACUCCCUAUCAUGCGCAUCAUCCCAGGGACGUACUGCCUCCGUACCCGUGACAAGGCGCACAAGAACCCUUUUCGCCUGGUCAGCGUGAAGGCGGUUAAGAGUUUGGCGAUUGAAAUUCAUGGGUCUGCGGAAAGCUUGGUCGAGUUAUUGCCCGAACGGACGACAGCAACGGAAAAGCUCUAUCGCCUCUUCAAGCGCUACCACGAAGCGCCCGUGGAAGCACCAGGGUGCGACAUGUCAAAACUUCCGGAGAACCCUCGUAUCGGGAGCGAUCCGCACGCAGGCGUGUCCAGCCUGCGUACCAUUUCCACCCAUCCCAAACCUGAUAAACGUGGGGUCAACGUCACAUAUGAUGGCUUUGCCGACGAGAUUGCGUUCGCGGGAUGGGAUGUUGGCUCAUGCUGA